AUGGUCGAGUCGAUCCUGGCGUACGAUGCAACGGCGUGGUCGCUCGACGCCGAUGAGAUCCUUGGCUUUCUCCAUGCGCCGGGCACUGCGUGUACCGCGAGCCCGACCGAGGACCCGCCCGUCUCGGCGCAGAAGCGGUACCGGAAGCGGCAGCAGGCCGAGGUUCAGCGCCUCCACGACGAAGCAAACCAACUCAGCGCCCACUUGACGGUCCUCCAAAACAUCCGUCGCAUGGAGACCAGUCAGAGCUCGUUCUGGGAGAAGAAAGCGCGGCUCCAGCGGCUCAGCGUGCGCAAGGCAGCGCACGAGAACGCCAAGCUCAAGGAAGCCAUCGAGACGCAGCAAAAGGUGCUCGAGACGAUCCAGCAGCUCUUGCACAAGCCGCUCAAGCUCACGGGUACCGCCAACGUCGAGCUCAUGGACGUGAACCGGCGCUUCCUGCCACAGGACUCGGGUGCGCGCCAUGCGUGCUGUCACGCCAUGACCGACGAGAUGUACGAGCGCGCCGACACGUUCUUGCUUCGGCGCGGACUCUACGACGGCGGCCACGGCCACAACAGCAUUUGCAUCGACAGCGCGAAGCAUCAAGACACCAUCUCGAUCGAAAUGCAGUGGGUCAAAGACUCGAGUGUCGGAUUCCGCGAAGCCGCCGACCGCUUCUGGUCGCUGUGGUACCAGCCCGAAGGCAAUGCCAUCAACAUCAAGAACCUUGCGACCUUUGGGCGGGACACGGUGUACGUGCAGUUCAUCGACGCGAUCGACGGUCUCGCGCCGUACGCGCAGCGGCUCGCGUGCAUCAAGCGCUUUGAAGAGCCCGAUCGCAUCGUCUUUGUCAUGCAGUCGGUGCUGCAGGACGCCACAUACCCCGUGCCCAGCGGACUCUACACGGCCAACGACACGUUUGUGUUUGUCGCCGAGCGCGUGACGGACACGACGUGCCGCCGCCGGUUCUGCCUCGCAGGCGAGCUUCCGUUGGCACCGCCGCCCGGCAACCCCCUCGCCGGUCUCUCCAAGCCCGCGAUUUGUGACCGCCUCUUGGACGAAGCCAAGCGGGUGUGCGUCGUCUUCGAUCACAUCCUUGGGGACGCACCGCUGUGAUGAUUGUGCAUGCGAGAUUGAUGAAACCUAUAUAAGAACUGGAUAUGUAUCAACUAGAUUCUGGAUGGCACGAGAUUUGGA